AUGUUGGCGAAGAAUUGUACUUCACCCGGUCUCGACAGAAUCAAGCCGGGACAUCUGAAGCACCUACCGCCAGUCUUCACUAACACAUUGGCGAUUCUUUUCACUCGUCAACGCAAGGUUCCCAAGCAACGGAAAACCUGCAAGACCGUGUUGUUGUAUAAGAAGGGAGACCCACAAGACAUCGGAAAGUAUCGUCUUACCUGCUUACUGUCUGUCAUCUACAAGCUCUUCACAAGAGUAAUCUUGAACAGAAUAGAAAGAACAUUAGAUGAGGGCAGACAUGCGAGCAAGCAGGGUUUCGAAAAGGGUUCAGUACGACUGAGCACAUACACAUGUGCCACUCUCGAGAACGCGAUGCGAGAGUUGGAAUGGGAUGACGUGGGAGUGAAAGUUGACGGCCGGCAUUUACAACAUCUUCGUUUCGCUGAUGAUAUCGUUCUUAUAACAUCAAGCAUCAAUCAGGCGGAACAGAUGCUGGCCGAAUUUGAUGAAACGUGUGAAGAUCGGUCUUCAAUUGAACCUAGGCAAGACGAUGUUUAUGAGGAACGGAUGGGUUUCUGA